GCUGAUGUUCUCCCAAAAUGUGUUUGUCAUUCUUGUUUGGUGUGGGUUCACAUUGUGGCGCAUAUUUGUAACAUUGAUAAAGUUUUUUUUAUACGGCCACCCUCAGUGUGACAUGUAUGACUGUUGACUAAGUAUGCAUUUACUUCCGUGGUCACCUUUCCUCUUACGUCAUUGACAGCGAUCGAUAGCACUUCGGCUUUGAUAGCCCGUCGCUGGAAGGAUACUUCGUCUUUGACAGCUGCUGGAAUCUGAAGAAAUCGAUUAUUGUUUUUUUUUGUACAGGCGCGAAACAGGGCAGUCGCGUGCCGGUUAAGGACCCCCGGCAACUUUGUGAUUUUAUUGGACGCAGCCCCGGAAGUAAAUGGGGGGUUUUGUAGGGGGAAGAAAUUUGACAAUGCCAAACCUAGUGUCUCAAUAUUGUUGAUGUGAAAAUCGUGAGGAUUGGCAAGAAUUCUUCAGUUCAGCACACAGCGUAGUCAAGCGCCAUUCACACAAAACUCGCGGGCCGCACUAAAAUUAAACGUUCAUAUUAAGGUGUGGGCCGCAAUUGGCCCGCGGGCCGCAUGUUUGAGAUUUAACGAACACACUAAAUAUGUCGGUGUAUCUGGAAAGAAGAGUGUAAUAUGUUGCCUGUGCAGUUCUUUUUUUGUUUUGUUUAUCAGUGUGACAAGAAAGAAAGACCUGAGUGAUGAAGGCAGAUAAAGAAAGAGCCGUGUGACGAAAGGUGAAGCCGACAUGUAGACGUCACAUGUGAAAGAUGAACUACGCCACCAGCAGACCGACACAACAAGACGUCCAUACGCCGAGAAUGAGUGAAACUCUUAAAGGACUCGAGCUCUGUUUCAGCUGCAUCUCCCCACCCAAGAUCCUGCAGAGGCCCGCCAGCAGCAACAGCAACACCAGCAACAAACCGAGCUGGAGCUUCAGCAUCUGCCACAGACCAACCUUGAGCAACAGCAGACUGAUGAACGGACUAAAACAGUGUGGAUAAAAUAUCAGUGUCCAGUGUGUGUCUUCAUUCUGGGCUUCUGUUCGUGUGCUGCUAUGCUGGGAAUGACAUAUUACCUGCACCACUUCCUCCAAAACCAGAACCAAGCAGUUGUCGUCACCCCUUGUUCCUCCCAAGCCUGCCAGAGUGCAUCGACCCAUCUCUCCACGUCUGCUGACCCCUUCACGCACCCCUGUGACUACUUCCUGUUCUCUUGUGGACCUGACAGGCUUUUGCCUGACAGUGGGGGGCGCCACCGAGGACAGGACGACGUUCAGGGGUCCAGAAGGGGACCGACAAGAGAGGACCGAAAUGUAAAAGAGAGGAGGACGCUGGACAGGAAAACGGAGCUGCUGCAGAAUAUCAGGCAGAUUUUAGAAUCCAAUGACAAUCUCACAAGCUCAGCUGUGCGAAAGGCCAAAAGCUUCUACCGCUCCUGUUUAGACACCAGGUCCUUGGACACAGCUGGGGUGGAGCCCUUUCUCACGCUCAUCCAGAAGCUUGGAGGUUGGCCUGUGUCUGGCCAGUGGAAUCAGACUGACUUUAACGCCACCCUCAGCGUGCUGAUGAGAGACUACGCCACUUUCCCUUUCUUCAACCUCUAUGUCGGCUCCAAAGACCCCAAUGACACUACUAGCAAGAAGACCAAACGAUACAUACAGAUUGAUCAGCCGGACUUGUUGAUCCCCAUUGAAUGGAACCGCGAGACGCAGAAGUCUCAAGCCAAAACAAAAACGCUGCGUCCUUUCUUAGCAUCAUGUCAGAGGUACCUGGCCCUGCUGGGGGCCCCAGACAGCAGCAGCUUGAGCCACGUGGGGAUGUUCAUCUCUCUGUCCUCUAAACUGGCCGUGGCCGCAGCACCUCUGAGCCAUCGCUUGGCCAAAGGGCUGCUCUAUCAGAGCAUGACCAUCAAGGAGCUACAGCACAAAGCUCCAGCUGUGGACUGGUUGGAUUGCUUGAAGGCUGCUUUCCACCCACAGCCCCUCAUGGAAGACGACCACGUCGUCCUGCACAACUUGCCUUAUAUCGUGCAGAUGUCCCGUAUCAUUAGCGAAGGGCUGACAACGCACGAGCUGAGCAAGAGUGGCGCCCUCCACACCUUCAUGGUGCUCAACUUGCUGCACACCCUGAUGCCCGCCCUGGACUCCAGAUUCUCUGACAUGGCCAACAACUUGUCAGGGACUCUGGGCCAUACGGACGUGUGGCAACCCAAUCUUCACUUUGAAAAGAUCUCGACCAUGGAUGGUGGGGCUCUUCACCAGGCAGUCCCUCGCUGGAAACGCUGCGUGCUGGAAACCGAGCGAGGGUUCAACGGGGUUCUCGCGCAUCUGUUUCAGGAGAACAUCGCAGGCGGCGGAGGAGAGGCAGAAGAGAUGAUUCACAACAUCCUGUCCUCCUUCAAGUCUCAAGUACACCAGCUCAAGUGGACCGACGACAAGACUCUACAGUUUGUUAUGAAUAAGGUUAAGCCCGUAACUUCAACACUUGUGACUACAAAGGAAAUCUCCAGUGAGGCUGAGCUUGACCUGCUUUUUUCUAAGGUGUCCGUCAGCAUGCAGAGCUUCUUCUCCAACUACCUGCAGAUGCUGUCCUUGUGGCAGAAGAGACGCAGCAAGCUGUUGAAUGAGCAGAAUGAUGGCGCUGAUAUGUUGUCCGUCUCGCCAUCUCUUCUGGGAAACGAGCUGAUCAUCCCCAUGGGGAUGUUUAUCCCUCCUCUCUUCCAUCCCACGUACCCAAGAGCUAUGAAUUACGGCGUGAUGGGCUUCCUCCUUGCCAAAGACGUCCUUCACCUGCUUCUACCUGACGUUCACUCCCAGAGUGAGUCGGUGCGUGCCGUGGGGGAGUGUGUGUGGUCCCACUACCUCACUGUGACAGACAAGCAAGGGGGGGGUCUUCCUCUGCCCGCAGCACAGCAGCAGGAAGUGUGGCUGCAGUAUUCUGCGCUGCAGAUAGCGCUGGAGGCUUAUAAGAGGAGCCUGAAGGAGCAGCCGGCAGACACGUCCGUCUCUGGAUUCUCACUCACUCGGCUGUUUUUUAUGUCUUUUUCUCAGGUCAACUGCAAUGCUGACCCUUACCAUAAUUUGAUGCCUUUGGAGCCCUCCUUCCUGAUCUCAGCCAUUUGUGCCAAGUCCCGUCUUUGUCCUACCAACCUGGAGUGCCCCAAAGCAACUCAGCGGAUGCCGAGCACGUUUAAUAGCAAAAACGCUGUAACAUUGUGUACGUAGGAGAAUAUAUAAUCAUUUUGUGUAUUACUAACAAGAUGUGUAAGAUGACUAUUUUUCUAUGUCUGUAUAGUGUUUACUGGUGUUCUCUUGUAAGAUAAUAAACUAUUAAGGUCGAUUCCAU